UCAAGGUCAGCGGCCCCUUACUUUUCUUUCACGUUACCCUACGGACCCUUGCUUUUCUAUGCGUAUUGUUGCAUGUCUCCCACUUUUUGUUGGGGUACGGAUACAUUCUUGUAGUUACAAGUAGGAGUUUGCAGCACAUUUUGCGUACUACUGUAAAUCACGGACUUUAUUUCGGUUUGGAAAAUGAGUUUGGCAAACGAGUACCAACUUUGUAGCCAGGAUUUCUCGGAAGGACGUAGAAAAUAAACGAACAAGGUGCUGCAAUCGGGAGGAAGAAACUUCGCCAACUAUUGUUUUGGUGCGCUGCUCCUGCCUCCUAAAGGUUCUUACUAGCUACUGCACUACUUCUGCUCAAAGAACGGGCAAAGUAGCUUUCGGAGCAUUCUGAGUACACCAGCACCAUCUUUGCCACGACGACCGCAAUAAUCCUGAAUAAAAAGUAUCGUGCGCGUCUGUACACAACGUUACAGAUGUUGCUCUGCCUACUCCAACGCUUUGCCAGUCUACAGGUGCUCAUUCUCUGCAGCGGGUCGCCGAACACCAACGCGGUUGCGACGCAGGCGCUGCUGAAGACCGGCACGGGUCUCCGCGGCCGGCGGAAACGGGUGCGGACCGUAGACGGCCCGCAAUUUUUCCCCUCAAAUGAAGCCACCAGAGAGGUCGGCUCCGAGCAUGCGACGGGGGUGCCAAUAGGGGAACGCGCUGCGCCCGUCGAGUCCACUGGUACGCCUGAGGCAGGCGAUUUUGUUGGAACCAGUGGCCGCGCCUCAAGUGCAGCAAGCAUUUCGCCGGUUACAUCAUCUCACUUCGAUAGGCCUCGGCUCCAAGCGCCGUUGCUGUCUUUGCGGCGGAAAACAAGCGCCCGGAGCAACAUCGACACUGUCGUUGGCACUCCCGCACCGAGCUCGGGGCACCCGGUCAUCUUGGACGAGUUGAGUGCCACCGAAGCAGCGGUUUCCGAGCAGAAGAGAUCUACUCCAGGACGAGCCGGGGAAGAUGUGAGUUUUCUCCUAUCAACGACCGCACAGAGCACCGAGGAACAUCACAAAAAGUUGUCUCGGACGGAAGUAGAGCGGGUUUCCAUCUAUGAGACCGCAGCCGCGGUGUUCGACGCGACCGAAGACUACGUGCGUGCCUUACGGGAGAAAGUGGAAGCGUUCCCUCUCGAUGAAUUAAACGCAGAUUGUGGUUCCUCCCCCGUGGAGUUUGACACCGUUGACGGCGCCUGUCGCGGUGGUGCGCGCUGCCGCCCCGGGGUCCGCGAGUGGAGCGACACCCAGGUGAGCUUCACCAAGUCUGCCGUUUUCAGGGGUUCCCACACGUCGCCGCCCACGGGUGCUCUCGUGCAAGCCGCGUCCUCGCUUCCGAAGGAUGUGGCCCGGCGGGAGAGCCAAAGCGAGGCGUGCGUAGUGCGCGAAGUCCAAAAGCUUUUUGUGGAAGAGCACGACUACUGGUGGAGAAAUUUGGGCACGCUGGGAAAGGAGUACGUUGCCUUUGUGAGCUUUACCUUGGAGCGGACUGGCACACACGUCCAAUUUCCCACGGUGGCUGCAGCAAAAGCGCCCGAGGUCCAAGAUGAUAGCGGGGACGACCAAGCUGACUUUUCGUCCUUGAUCGAAACGCAAGGGUUGUCCGUAGGCACACAGGACCGGCGGAAUCAUGACUACGUUGGAGAUGACCAACGAGGCGAUGACAGUAGAACUAUUUUCACUACAACGCCAAAUGUUAAUACAAGCUUUUCAUCAACAUCUAGUAGGACGGCAAGGACUUCUGCUGGUGGUACGACUCGUCGGAGCAGUGCUGCACGAGGGAGCCCGCCCGUGGGUUCAUUUUUAUCUGCCUCCAGUACAAGGAGAAGUGCUCGGACUUCCGCCUUAAAAAUCUACGACUCGAAGGGAAAAGCCGAAGCCACUUCAGCGCGUGCACUUUCGCGCGUCGCGUCCGACGGGGACGCGGUGGACGCGGUGGGGGCCCUUCAGUCCGCUGCGCUGGACUUUCGCAACGCUGCGUGGUACGUGAACACGCAGAUGCAGAACCAGCCGAAGAAUGUGGUGAUCGCCCUGGACAUAUGCUUUGUAAAUUAAUAUGUUGGCUGGGCCCUCUGGAAGGAUACACAUACAGCUUGUCAUGCAAAGUCUCAAUCACAAUCACAAACACAAAAAAACGAAGCCCAAGAAAUUCUUGCCCACUUCUUGUUUAUGCAAGAGACGGAAACUUUUCAAGCGGGAUACGGUUCAAGAAGGUCUCGCAAAGAAAUCAAUGGUGCUUCUGAUCAUUCCGUCUGUGUUUAUUAUUAAUUUCAGACAAUGACAAUGUCAAUGUCAAUGUGCGCGUCCGCGAGAUGCAUGAGACAAAUCUGGCAUGGAUUCUUCCAGACAUCCAGGGAUAUUUGCACUGGAUUAGACAUCUCGUACUCGAUGGUUGAGGACCACCGCUGGCGGGCGGCCAAGCGGGCGGUGUACAACGUGCUGGACGGCUUGCACGUGCACGUGGACCGGUUCUGUCUGGUGGUCUGGAACAACGCCGUGCUUUUCUCCUCGUUCGAGUUGACCGUGGCCACCCGGUUCAAGAUUGCCCGGGCCAAGCGGUUUUUGGAAGCGAUCGAGCCCGACGGGCACACGGAGCCGGAGUGGGCGGUCGGGCUGGCGAUGCUGGUGGCCACCGUGGGGGUGCUGCCGGCGCCGUUGCGGGCGGAGUAUGACAAGCCGCACCGCUUGCAGCAGGUGGUCGCCUCCGCGGUGCCGCUCCGCCCUGCGCAGCCGCCGCCGCCAACCGAGUGCCUCGCCGUGCCCGAGUUCUGCAGCGCCCAGGUGCUGCUGAUCACGGACGCCGCGGACACCUACGCCACCGACGACCCCGACCGCGAGGAGAGCCGGCUCCAGCUCUUCCAGCGGCUGUUCGCGCCCCGGUUUGGCGUGUCGCUGUCCGUGUACGUGAUUCUCCCGUCCGCCAGCAAGCGGGACCAGCAGCUUUGGGCGCAGCACCAGCCGUUCUUCGAGCGCGUCGCGCGCAUGCACGGGGGACACGUCACGCGGCUCGGCGCCGAGGACGAGGACGCUAUCACGGAAGCCAUCUCGCAGUACUGGCGGAGUUUGCCGCGCCCGGAUGGAGCUACGAACUUCCUGCCGCCAGAAUCUGGAUCUGCACCCGCGGGCGGUGGAGUUCUACUGCGCACCCGCACGGCUACUUCCCCAGCGCCCGACGGGACGACGCAGGGCAGCACGUCCGCCGCGCCGCCGGUUGUCGUGUGGACGCGGUUUCGGGAUCCCUUCACGCGCCAGGAGCGGCUCACGGCCUGCGUCCGGGUCGAGGUGGGCAACGGCGGCGGCCCCGCAGGCGUCCUGUGCGCGGACGCUAGUGCGGCUACGGGUAGCAGCUUCGCACAGAUUCGCUGUUUGCCGGAUUUUCGUGCGCAGCUCGUACACCGUCGGCUCAACACGCAGCCAAGCGCAGCAUCUUCAGAACGAGCAAGAACGUCGGAGCACACUAGUACAAGUAGUACCGCCGAGCAGUAUAAAAAGAGCCGUUGUCCGGCGUACGGCACCCGGCAGGAGCGGUGUGACCCGGGGCGAUUUCGAGACAACCUGUAUGCCAAUUUGGAGCGGUCGUUCGACCAAUUUCGGCUUCACGUGGACCUGGACGGUAUGCCCCAGGACGACCACGGCGUCUACCGUCGGCCCUUGGAGAAGACCCCGCUGGGUCAAGACAUUUUUCGCUACCGCGGCCAGCCGGACUACUGGUUGAGCGAUGGCGUGCCGGAGCCCAGGCACUUUCUCUUCGCGGGGGAUUCGGCAACUGCGCAGAACAGGACUUUUGGAGACGUGCUGGAUGACGACGAAUUUUGCGAGGUCACGAUGACGACCACAACAACGCUGCCCCCGGUAGAAAGUAUGAGGACGUCCACCAGCACAACUUCGAGCACAACCAGAGCAACCACGAGCACCACAACCACGACUACCUCGCGCACGACUAGCACAACAACGGGAACAACCACCCCCCGUGGGACCACGACCGCAUCGCGGACCACCCGAUCGACCACCACGACCACGACGCUCGCGACAACGCCCAGGACGAGAAAUCGGAUAAUUACAACUUCUACAACAGGAGCCACUACGUCGACAACCCCUCUGACCCCUCCCACACCCUCCCCCACAACCUCUUUUACGGCGGCUACCUUGGUAACAAGUUCUACCACGACAACCCCCACGACUUCCACAAGUUCCACCCCGACAACUACGUCCACAAUAACUUCUACCACUGCUUCUAGAACCAGCACCACAACUACUAGGUCUACCACUCGUCGCAGCACGACAACGAGCGCGCAAAGUAGUACGAGGUUGACUACGGUCAGAGAUGGGACAACUUCUGCAGCGACGUCGUCGACGUCCACCUCCAUGACCAGUACUGCAACGGCCAUGUUGCGUCCGAACACGACAAGAGCUAUGACUUCCACCACAGUCCUUCCGACCACAGUGCUGCCGACGCGGGCACCCCAGAAGCUUGUGGAAGUGGAAGCAGUGACAACGUCGGCCAUAAGUACAACUUCCAGGAGCACGAUCGCGACCAGCACUGUGGCCGCUACGGAAGCAGGAACGUCGUCCACGUCUCAUAUCCAACGAAAAUUUAGUGGUUUUAAUUCUUUCCCCACGGGCACACGGAAUGCGCUCCUCAUUUCAAUUUUCUCUGGGUUCGUCGCUGCAGACAGUAGUAAAGUGGGUAGACGCGCUCCGACGACGAUUUUUGCAUGAAUCACGGAACAGCCAAAGGCAACAAGCGAUCAAGUUGGAAUAUAUGCAUGGACGACGAGAAUGAAAGUAGUGAAGUCGUCACAUCGUGAAAGUAGUGGAGUCGCACUAGGCAAGCUCAUUAUACAGCAAUUGCUUCAGAGUGAAGAUGCGACAAUUCAUUGCUGAAGGUCAAGCAAUUAAUUUGAUUAGAAAAAAAAACUAAAAGGAUUGAUUCCAACCGGAGUCUACUGAGCUUUACUCACGGCCGUCUGCGCGUACCACAAAGUAAAAGUAUACAAGUCUGUUUGCGCGUGGGGGGAGAAAGAGAAUUACAUGCAAUAACAGCCGCCUCGUCAACAUCAACACCUAUGUCGACUUCCACGGUGCCUCCCCUGGGUGGCGGCGGGAAUCUCGUCCGGGAACGCCCGGUUUUGCGGUCAGCGUUCGACAGGCGAAAGUAUAUAGAGCGACUGGAGAAGGAGAACAAAACGACGUUCGGACUUAUUCAGAGCCCACCGACCCCCGGAUCUUCGACUCCCGAGCCCCCUAUUACGGGGAACGAUGGCGCCGCGGGGUGCUGCGGUGCCGUGGUCUGGAUCGUGCUGGUCACUUUGCUCGCCGCGGGUGUACUCUGCUGCGUCGCCGCCUCGUGCAUCAUGGAGCCCGCCAGUCCGCCUCUGUUCGCGCCGCCAACCCCUCGGUCAGGGGAACAGGAGGACUCCGCCGACGUCCUCCUGGGCGAAGCGGUGGCCCGCCUGCUUCGGGCAGACGAAGUCGAGGAGGCGCUGCGGAGCAACGGCUUCUCCGCCGCGUACGCCAAGGCGAUGGCGCGGCAGGCCACGAAUCCGUAUGAGACGGACAGUGCGGCUCUGGUGCAGCCCGCAGCCGGCCCCGAUUAUAGCCAGGGAGCUGGAUCCGACGGACGAGAGCAGCAGGACGAGAGGGCCCUGCUGCUGAAAGCGGGGCUGACCCCGGACGGGAGGGUGGGCACCCUGCGGGCACAGCUGCUCGACCGCGUGCGGACUAGUACCGAGCGGGUGCUUCACGACGAGUUUCACCUCUCCAAGAAUUACGCACGGGACCUGGCCGCACAGGUGGUGGACCCCGGUGUCGCGGGCGAGGAGCUGCUGCUGCACCCCCGCGAAUGCAGCUUCCGAAGCCACAGGAAGGACGGGCACGAGGAGGACUUGGUGGCGCUGAAGAGCUUAGGGUUUUUUGUAAAUAGUGACGGCUCGACGAGUUCCACUGCCGACGCCUCGGCCACGGUGGCCGCUUUACGUGGGUUUUUGCGCCAAGUGAAGGCGCGCCGUCGCGCGGACACGGCCAGGACCAAGCUGGAGGCCGGGCCGCUGCUGCAGUUCACGGUCGAGGACGUGGAGGACGCCCUCUGCGAGUCCGGUUUCACACCGAAGGGGGCGACGACGCUCGCUCCGGCCGUGCAUCGGCGGCUGCAAGCGGAGACGCGGCGGCUGCGGGGCCCCAGUCCGCAGAAUCAGGAUGAGGGGAUCGAGAAGGCGCUGCUCACCUCCGGCUUCCUGCAGAAGACCUUCAGUGCCGAGCGCGGGGAGGUGGAGAGCCUGCACCUGCAUACGGCCCGGGACCAGUUUCUCUGCAACACGCUGUUCGUAGAUCUGCAGGCGGGCGCCGUCCCGUUGGGCGAAGAGGCACUGGGCGCAGCCGAGCGAGCCCAACCGGUAUACGCCUUCCAGAAAACGCUUCUGAAAGCGAAGAAGCGGAUACCAAAACGAAAAGCGCAGCGCCCCGAGAAGAGACGAAGCUUCUCAAAAAUUGUCGUACUUAAAAAUAUCUAUUUAAUAUCGGCUUGCAUGAAGAAGAAGAUGCCUCUUUUCAUCGCAAGGAUACGUAUGUCGAUCUUGUUGCGGAUCAUCCCGCAGGAUCUUCUUGUGAAAGCUGCACUGCUGCGCACCUAGAAGUUUGUUCAAGAUAAGAACCAUUUUCCCUCCUUGCAAGAAGUCCUUAGGAAGAAGGAGAUGUUGUUGUAGCUAGAAGUCUUAAGAAGUAGACUAAUAGAGCAGGAGGCGAGCGAACUUUUUCAGCACAUGUAUUGGGUUCGACUGGUUGGGGCACUGUUGCUUUUCCGUUUGAUAGCGGAAGAACGUUCGGUGGAAUCAUGGAGUUCUCACAGCAGCCCCACUGUUCGGCACUCCCGAAACCGCGGCGACGGUGAGGGUAUUCGCGAAGGCCUUCCGCGACAAGAAGAGUCUUUCGCGGCCGGAGAAGCAGAGCUUACUGGCGGCGACUACCAACCAGGGCGAAGGGCCGCCCGCCCACCAGAAGCGGUCCCCCCUACUGCUCACGCGCGCCGUCGCGGAAGGCGGCGCCGCGGGGCCGACGGGAGGAGCUGCGACGCAGCGAUUUCUCACCGCGCUCGGCCGCGUCGCCACGCUGGGCAUGUGGACGCCGAGUCCUCGUUCUGACCCGGUUGUAGAGAGGAAAGUCGUCAACGAUGCUAGUCGUGGUCCACCACCGACGGCCCCCUCGCUGGCACGAGCCGCAGAGGGAAAGAAGAAGGACACUGACAUGAAAGCGGCCCCAUUGGGCGAGGGGGAGCGCAGCGGUCCACCGUCGCGCACACAACUGGAAGAGCCGACACGUCCUCAAGCGGACGAGGAAGCCGUUAGUGAAUAUGAAGUUAUGUCGGCUGCGCCAGCCGCGGCGGUGAAGCAGAGGGAGACGGAACACGCACUCCUCGCUGCUGGCUUCCGGCCAGGAAUGGCGACCCAGCUGGCAAAGCAGAUCACCGCGAAUCCAGCGGAUCUAGCCAGUAACACAGGCGGUCCGGUUCCGAUUCAAGACCGGGCGCUCACGCCGCAGGAAAAAGUAUGGCAUGGAACAAAACCGCGUCGAAACCUCGAUCCCGUGCUACCACUUAGUUAAUGUAAGUACCUUCUAGGAUGAUCACGAAUAAAUGUGUAUGUUAUGUACCGGUGUGUUCGUAAAGAAACUGACAUUAAAGUAUGUUGUGUUUGUGCUGAGCUGUUGGUGGAAGUAGUAAAGUAAAGCUCGUGAACAGCAAGCGCGUGAGUAUGUAAAGCGCGUGAACAACAGGAGAUACUCGUCCACACCUAUUGGCGCAUAAUGUGUGGAAAGUAAAUAGAUACUAGCCAGGGGGAAGGAAUCUGCACCCUGAGGUGAAAUCGAGAGCACCGGGGGGAAAAAAGCAGAACUAGAAGGGGAGGACGGGGGAAAAGGGUACAGGGGGGGCAAGCGGGUGUUUACUACGUUGCAAAGAGGCAGGCAUGUUUACUACGUUGCAAAGAGGGCGGCAAACUGUUUGCAGGGUGAGAGGAGUGGGGUAUUAUAUAAAACGCGCGCGCGCUAUAUCCUAAAACCAUGCGACUUGCAAACGAAGCGACGCGGGGGGGUCAGUCUGCGACCUGGUGCCUGUUUUAGCUAGCCAGUGGGGUCCUGGGUGUGUUGAUGACAUUCGAGGCGCGGCCGCUCUGUUCUUGGCCAGAUAUAUUCUUGGAGGGAGCUCUGGCGGGUAAUUUUGGACCUGAUCUGGAACGCUGUUGAGCUUGGCGGGUCGUUGUUUGUCGAUCUUAUUUCUCUAAAGGUGUGGGCCGUUUUGUGGGUCUUGGCUCGUGCGUUUAUUUGGAGAACUUUGUCCGUUUGAUGAUCAUGAUGGCGCGCGUCAUAUUUUCCGCGGCGGAACUUUCUGGGGAGCUUUGUUGAAGCUUUUGCCUAGAAAGAACGGGAGGGCGUUCGCGCCGCCUCCCUCUCUAUGUGCGAACAGAUUCCGGCAUCCAUUUGCUUCCGUGUUUUCUUGUGUCUGUUGCGGGACCUCUUUCUCUAUGUGCGAACAGUUCGACACUGGGAGAAACGGGAAGAGACGAGGAGACGGCGAGACGAGGAGAGUGGGAGAGUGGGCGGCUCGGGGAUUGGGAGUCUGGGGCGCUGGGAGUCUGGGAAACUGGCAGACUGGGGGGCUAGGGGGUCGGAGACUGGGAAACUGGGAGGCCGGGAGACCGGGAAGCUGGCACCUGCGGGGCUGGAAGAGUGCCAGCGGGACGGGGGGGGCGGGAAGGGAUGUGGUGACGAAUGCAGUCGGAUAGCUAAAAAGACUGGGCAGCCGGGGAAGACCAGGGCAAAAAAAUCGGACAACAGGGAAAAUGAGGAAAGAACCCGGGCGCCGGGGAUGGCUGUGGCGACGCCUGCAGCUGAAUAGCUAAAAAGAUUGGGUGGGGAACGGGGAGAGGCCGGGGGCUCACACGAGUAGGGGCGCCCAUUUUCUUCCGUGUUUUCGCGUGUCUGUUGUGGGGCCUCUUUCUCUAUCUGCGAACAGUUUGAAAGCCACGCGACGCGGUGAGACGCUUGAAGACUGGGAGGGUGGGAGACAGAAAAGCUGAGAGACUGGGAGCCUAGGAGGCUGGGAAGCUGGGAAGCUGGAAGACUGAAAGCCCGAGAAACCGGGCAGCCGGGAGACAGACCGGGAGACAGACCGGGAGACAGACCGGGAGACAGACCGGGAAACCGGGAAGCCGGGAAACCGGGAAACCGGUGGAGUGGUUUCGGGUAAGGGUAUCGCUGGAGUGGUUUCGGGUAAGGGUAUCGCGGGAGUGGUUUCGGGUAAGGGUAUCGCGGGAGUGGUUUCGGGUAAGGGUAUCGCUGGAGUGGUUUCGGGUAAGGGUAUCGCUGGAGUGGUUUCGGGUAAGGGUAUCGCUGGAGUGGUUUCGGGUAAGGGUACGCGGGGAGUGAUAAAGUGCUUCACGAUUUCAGUGCUUUCGGGCAAUUUCCGUCGAUUCCGCGUCUAUAUAUAUUCAUGAUGCAGUAGCACUUCUACAAGAGACACGAAGAGCGAGAGGCUCUUCUCACUGACCCCAGUCUUCAUCUAGAAAGCUGUGCUAUGAUUUCUCUAGGUACGUACCAAGCAGGGAUGAGGAACAUUUUUCCGUACGAUACGAGGCGGCCGUAGAUGGGUCGACCACGCUGGCUGAGGUACCCUGUGUGACCGUCGGGGACCUGACACAGGCGCUCCUGAGCCACCACCCGGAGUGUUUCACCACAUCACUUUCUCCAGAGUCCUUCGCUGCGUUUGUUGCGGACGCCCGGGGGCGCGGGCUGCAGGGGAUGAGUCUGCUCGAGUCCUACGCUAUGACUAGUCUGUCCCCGGGGAUGGGCAGUUCCGGAUCUUCCGUGCCGGUAUCUGACCUGACUUCGAUAUCCAAGAAGAAGUAGAAGUAGAGUGUCUUAGUGCGGUAGUAUCCGCAUCAUGCAGUCAAAAAGGUUCUUAUUCUUUCUCAUGCGGGCUACGACGUCAAAGCUCGUGCACGUAGACGUAUGGCACGCAUGUAUCUAACUAUGAAAUAAGCACCUUCUAGGUAAGAGGAACACAGAAAGCAUGGAGUUCGGCGUGACGCCGGGGCCGGGUGCAAGAAAGCGGAAGGCUUUUUUAACAUCGUCGGCGAAGAUAUUAGCACGACUACAGAUUUUUUUGACAACACUAGCGCACUAUCUCUCUCUCUUGGAUAUCCGAAGGCGUUCAGGGACUUCCAAGGAAUGGAGGUGGAGAAGCUUCUGCAAUCUCGCAAGGCACAGCGGAAAGCCGCAAUUCGGGCGAACGUUGCCUCCGGUGCUCCGGGGGAGAAUUCACCGUGAGGAGCCAACGCCAUGUAUGGGGAAAUGGCUUUUUCAGAUGUAGUACUUAACAUCAGCGACCAGGCCGGUAGACGUAGCGUACGGCCUCAGAGAAUUUGCAAGGGAAGCCAGUCCAAUCACCGAUUUUGGAAUCCUUUUCUACAGCACCAGAAAUAAAUGCAAUAAGUAGAUACACACUAUCUAGUACUACUCAUGUUGUAGGGCCGCUACAACCACGAGUUGUUGAGAGCAACUACACGGAGUUCUUCAAACGCAUCAGCAAUGUCACUUGUUUGUCUUUUACCCAUUCCACUCUAAUUUUCUAUUUCUCCGCACUCUCUUGAAUAUCAACAUAGCUGCGGGAUGCAGAAGUCUUUUAUCAAGCGUUGCAGUGUCAGAUCAUGUUUUUAGUUGGAACCUUCCAAGGUUGAACAUGUGAUGUUUUUUGACGACAUCAGAAUAGUUGAUCAUGUAUUGCUCACUACAUUUUUAAGACGACUUGUACGUACAGAUUCAU